AUGGCCGACGUGUUUAGUCGCUACUUAUCGGCAGGUGCAAACAGAUAUGCUGCCGCUGCCGAUUGGGGUGAGAACGGACUUGUCGCUUUUGGAUCCGACACGAAUGUGUGUCUUUGGGACCCGACUGAUGCAAGAGGCAUCUCGCAUAUUCUCAGUGGACACACUGCUCAUGUGCGCGCGGUCAAGUUCCUGCCUCGAGAUGGAGGGGGAAAAGUUGACUACUUGUUGACUGGCGGAGACGACAAGCAGCUCCGUCUCUGGGCCAUUGAGUCGGAGACAGGGACCACCGCAUGCGUUCAAACCGUCCAGGAACACACAGAACCCAUCAACUGCAUCGCCACCCUUCAAGGCGCAGCAUCCGACAACGCUGCUGCAGCACGGCUCUUCGUCUCGGGCGGCGCGGAUGCCACGAUCAGGAUCUGGGCUUUCGAGGCAGGCCAAGUCACCGUUGCCCAGACCAUCAAGACGACCAAGAAGUACAUCCCACUCGCCGUCGCGCUAAGUACGCUCCAAGGGGGGAAUGGCGCCCUCAUUCUGGCCGUCGCCGGGACUACCAAUGUCAUCCAGAUCUUCACAGCCUCCAUCGCGGGCGGCACAUCAGCAACCGAGUUCACGCUGCAGGCAACCCUACCUGGCCAUGAGAACUGGGUUCGCUCUCUCGACUUCAUCCGCGAGAAGCCCGAGGAGCGGAGCGACAUCCUCCUCGCAUCAGCAAGCCAGGACAAGUACAUCCGGCUCUGGCGUAUUCAUCAGGGCACGGUCCUUUCAGCCUUGAACGCGGCAGGUCUCGACCUCUCGGCCGACGCCCUGACGACGCCCGGGAACAAAAUCCACAAGAUCAGCGCUGGCGAUGUCAAAUACUGCAUCAUGUUCGAAGCGCUCCUCCUCGGCCACGAGGAUUGGAUCUACAGCGCCCGCUGGGCUCGUGCCGCCAACGGCAGGCUGCAGCUGCUGUCCGCCUCAGCCGACAACUCCCUCUCGCUCUGGGAGCCAGACCCUGAGUCCGGCAUCUGGCUGACCGUCGCCCGCCUGGGAGAGGUUAGCAGAGAGAAGGGAGCAACGACCGCCACGGGCAGCAUUGGCGGGUUUUGGACUGGACUCUGGUCUCCAUCGGGCACAACCGUCAUCACCCUCGGCCGCACAGGCAGCUGGCGGCGGUGGGACUACGACACCGCCGAGGACGUGUGGAAGCAGAACUUUGCCAUAUCGGGUCACACCCGCGCCGUUACAGGGAUCUCGUGGUCCCGCGACGGACUCUACCUCCUCUCGACUAGCUCCGACCAGACCACUCGCCUCCACGCGGAGUGGGCUCUCGACCCGGCCAACUCGUGGCAUGAGAUGUCGCGCCCUCAGAUCCACGGCUACGACCUCAACUGCAUCUCUACUCUCGGGCCGUCCUCUUUCGUCUCGGGCGCCGACGAGAAACUCCUGCGCGUCUUCACCGAGCCGAAAGCCGUCGCCCGCAUGCUCAGCCGCCUCACCAACACCGCACCCCCCGAAGCCGAAGACGCGCUCCCCGACGCGGCCAACAUGCCGGUCCUGGGCCUCUCCAACAAAGCAGUUGACACGAUUCCCGACGACGCCGACAUUUCUUCUCUCCCCGCCAUGACGGACGAAACCUCCAAUCAAACAGCCGCAGACCGGACCGCCCCGGACCCGGCAACCCUUGUCCGGACGUCGGCUCUGGACAUCAGCCACCCGCCCUUCGAGGAAUCCCUCUCGCGCCACACGCUCUGGCCGGAAAUCGAGAAGCUGUACGGCCACGGCUACGAAAUAUCGUGCCUGGCCGCCAGCCACGACGGCAGUCUCAUCGCCAGCGCAUGCAAGGCCAGCUCUGUGAACCACGCGGUCAUCCGCUUGUUUGAGACGCGCCGGUGGACCGAGGUGCGCCCGCCCCUGCAGGCGCACAGCCUCACCGUCGCCAGGGUGCGAUUCUCAGCCGACGAUCGCUUCCUGCUCAGCGUGGGCCGGGACCGCGGAUGGGUAGUUUGGGGAAGGAAGAAAGGGGAAGGACAGGAAGGGAGCCUGGGAGGAGGGUAUGAGCUGGUGCAAGCGAAUCCCAAGGGCCACGCGAGGAUGAUCCUGGACGCUGCGUGGGCGCCGUUGGGCGCUGCUGGCUCGGAUGGCGAUCCGGUAAGGGUGUUUGCUACCGCGGGCAGAGAUAAAUCGGUCAAAGUGUGGGUUCGGAAGGAAGGCAAUGAGAGGAUAUUUGAGCUGGGCAAGGCGAUCACCGAGGACCAUCCCGUUACGGCUUUGGAUUUCGCGCCCGAGACCACGCAAGACGGGUCCCUUCUGCUUGCUGUGGGCACGGAGGCGGGUAAGAUUUCGGUGCUGACACUCAGGGUUGCCGGCGGCGGCGGGGAGGUGGAAGUCGUAUCCACGCUCGAGGUGAAGAAGGAGCUCUGUUUGCCCAAGGCGGUGAUGCAGCUGGCGUGGCGACCGGCGAGGGAAGGGCAGAAGGGAAAAGAGUUGGCCAUCGCCGGCGAGGACGGGUCGUUGAGGAUAUAUUCGUUCCCGUCGCUGUAA